CGCCGUCGGCGGCGGUGGUUGUCGUCGUCGUCGCCGCUGCGAGCGACGCGGAGAUAUUGAGGCGCGGGGACCUGCGAGCGGCAAGGCCGGCUCCCAAGGCGCGCUCGGCUAGGAAGGGCCCAAAGGCCUCCAUCGCAGCGGCUCACGUGGUGUGGUGCAAGAAGCCAACAAUACAUUUGCAACUGAACUCUUGCGGGCAAGAGCCAGUUCCUUGAGCAGCAGAAGAAAUGUUCCAGGAUGAACGGGAGAGGAGAUAACAGCGUUCUUCAUCUACCCUCUCUGAGUCUCAAGACUCGUUCUCACGAGGGUCCUGCAUGUGGGAAUUCAACCUGGGUGCCAGGAGAGAACCCACACCUGCAGGUGGCCAAGGGGACGAUGGUCAAUGCCCCGCUGUGCAGAUAGAUAGUCAGCACCAAACCUACUUCCUGUACUGCGGCUUCAACACUGAAACAACCCGAAAUCAUGUGGACGAUGGAUGUGACACGGCUGGGAAACCGCCGCCCGUAAUUACCUCGCCGAAAAUGUUGACUGCAUUGUCAACCUCUCCUUGUCCUCCGACAUCACCGUCAUCGUCACUUUCGUCAUCGUCGUCGCUGUUGAGCGAUCCCAAUUCCGGCCGUGUCUUGCAGCAGCUGGCGGUGCCACUGUGUGCGUCGGCUGCCGGAAAUUCGCCACCACCAUUGUUGCAGGCAGAGGAGGCCGCGUCCCAGGUUGCGGAGAAGUAUGGUCGCCCGGAUCUGGGGCAGAGGCGUCCGUGCCUGAAGCGAAGGCCAGGGGCAGCGAGGCGGUUGAAUCGAUUCCAGCGGCUGCGGUUGGUUUGGUCGCCGGAAAUCUUGCGGUUGUUCCACCCCUUGUUGUUUGGCGGUUGUUGGGUGGGGAGGUGUGGUGCAAAGCCACGGUGUGGGGGUGGAAUGAGAUCAGGCGAUGGGAAGAGGAAGAAUGAACGGGGAGGGAGGAAGAUGAAGGAGGAAGGGAAGGGAAGGUGCAAGCGUAGUCGGGGGAAAGGUAGUGGUAGGGAUGAGACAGGAGGGGUAGGGGGGAGCAGAGGAAGGGAAAGUGGAGGGGAGAGGUGGAGGGAGAGAGGAAAUGGAGGGAGAAAAGGAAGAGAGAGCUGUAGGCGGACAGAUCAAGGGACAGAAAAUAGAGAUAGAGAUCGGUGUAGAGAUGGAGAUAGGGGAGGAGGGUGGUGGAGAGAUGCAGAGGGAGAUGAACGGAGGGAUUCGGGUAGAGACAGGGAGAGAUGGGGAGAGAGUCGUAAAGAGAGGGACAGAAAGAGAUGGGACGAGAGAGACAGAACGAAGGACAGAAGGGAAGACAGGGGGAGACACGACGAGAGACACAGGAAGAGGGACCGAGACUGGGACCGAGACAAGGACAGGAGGUGCGACCGAGAGAGACACCGGGACAGAGAGAGGUACAGGGAAGGGAGACACGGGGAGAGAGAUAAAGACAGAUGGAGGGACAGAGACAAGGGGAGAGACAAGAACAGGGGGAGAGACGGAGACAGGGGGAGAGAUGGAGACAGGGAUAAGGAGGAGAAGGGUGCUUGGCCAAGCAAGAGGCGGCGAGAUGAGCUGGAAGUUGGCACUGGGAAGACACGAGGUCAAGAGACUGCUUCAGCAGACACGAAUACUGUCGACGCAGAGAUGAAGAAAGUCACAAACACCAGAGACACAAAGACGGACAGGAGCAAGGGAACAAAGGAGGACAAUGAGGGAAAGGAAGAUGCGGGUAGCUCAGAGGAGCGCGCCAGAGGGGAGGAGGAGAGGCACACGGGGAGGGCCUCGCUUCAGCCAAAGACAGGAAUGAUGGGGAGCGGCGGCGAUGAAAAAUCUGAUGGAGUUUGUGAAUCUGAAACAAUUAGUAAGAACCGUACAGAGGAAUUGAGAGCGUUAAAAAAUUCUGGAGGGACUACAAUUAGUAUGAUUUGUAGUGACAAUGGAGGAAAGUCGACAACGAGCAUUGAUGAAGGUGGUAGACUGUUGGGAGCGAUUGGAAACGAUGUUGAGAGUCGAUCGGGAACCGUCGUGAAUAAUGGAAAUCAAGGUUUGGGAAUCUUUUGCAAAUCUGAUGAACAGGAAUCUGGGAUAGUUGGGAAUGAUGGUACGGGGAAAUUGGUGAUGAUGCAAAGCUUUGGACACCUGGAAUUGAAACCAAUCAGGAAAGACGAUGGUAUAUCAAAAGCGAUCAGGACCGUUGACAAGGGUGAAUGUGGAACAACCGGGACCAAUCAAAUAAAACAAGGAAGGAUCGGGAAGAGCGACUCGGGUAAAAUCGUAAGACUCGGGAACGCCCGAGUUUGGAAAAUCGGACUUACUGUAGGUCGGGAAGUGGACGUUGAUGCUGCCACUAAUUCCGCUGGACAAGACCCAAUGAGGAACGGCGGUGGCAACAAAAUCUAUGUGGACAGCGAGGAUGACGACGACGGAGUUGGCGACAGGCAGCGCGACGUCGUUGUCACUUACAAGAAGAACAUGCUGACCAGAGAGGAUCUGAUGUGUCUGCAGGGGAGUGCGUGGCUCAAUGAUCAGGUGAUCAAUGUAUACGGGGAGAUGCUGGCAGACCUUAAACCAGAUGAGGUCUACUUUUUCACCAGCUUCUUCUACAGCCACCUCAAACGUCGCGGCUACGACGGCGUGAAGCGAUGGACCAAGAAGGUGUCUGUGUUCUCGCGCCGUCUGCUCCUCCUGCCCCUGCACCUGGGCCUGCACUGGGCGCUUGGCGUCGUGCGGCUCCAAACGCACGAAAUCUCACUCUGUGACUCGGCCCCAAGCCCGGCAACCACCGCCUGCCUCACGAUCAUGUCCCGGUAUCUCACCGAGGAGGCCAAGGCGCGAGAUCGCCCCGACCUCAAGGUGCCCUGGAGCAUCCACCUCCCCAAGAAUUUACCGCGGCAAAUGAAUGGAAACGACUGCGGUGUCUUCGUGCUGGAGUACUGCCGCUGUCUGGUGUUAGAUCGCCCAUUCUCCUUCUCCCAGGCUGACAUUCCCCGCAUCCGGAGGAGAAUUCUCAAUGAAAUUCAAGAGGGCGUUAUCGCUGUGGACAAGUGAAGACUUUGCCCUCAUUCCUCCACGUCAUGCCCAUCCGCUCACCUCUCACCUCAUUCUCCCUUGACCUACCACCGCCUUCAACAUCGUCACAAACUAGUUAAUGUUCCACCUUGUUCAGUCAUCCCCAUCAACUCCUCUUCCCGCUCAUCCCCAUCAACUCCUCUUCCCGCUCAUCCCCUCCCAUAAUUCUGCAUCAACAACGAAGCUUUCAUCUCAUCUCUCACCAUCCCCCUCAUCUCCUUUGUCAUCCUCUCAUCUUCACGUAACUCUCUCCAACAUCCACGUUUAUAAUCGGUCGCUGGACUGAGGCUGCCCAGCGGGGAGUUCCAGACGGGCGGUCAAAACGAUGAAAGGAAUAACUUAUUUUUGUCUUAACGCGAAAAUGAUCGUUUCUCUUUAAUGUAUUUUUUCAAAAGGAGUGUGUCAAGAUUGCAGAAAUUAUUCUGCUGCUGAAAAAGUGUAAAAUUACACUGGAAAUACUUCUUUGUGAAGCGCAGGGGUGGGUGGGACAGUGUGGCGGCCUCCAAUGGGUGGGCCAGAUUCACUUGAAGAGAUGUAGCUCUGUGUUAUCCUCUUUGGUGGGCCGUUCUGCUCACAGGAAGGAAAAAAUUAACCCGUAAAAACAAAGUUUUUCACUCUAAAUCCUUUAUAUGCGUGGCGGCUAGAGUCCUCUCGUCCUCUGGCUUGAGAUGGCUGCCACCUAUGGGUCAGAUGAUUGUCUGGUAGCAUUAAGCAAUUGGUAAUUAAAUAUUUACAUUUUUUCCCCUAAACCGUGUAAAAUUUAGGAAUUUUUUUCACGAAAAUUAAUUGUCACGCACAACGAGUCUGUGCAAAAUGUCAGCUCGAUUGGAUCACGGGAAGUGGGUUAAAAAACGACCGAAAGAUUUGCACGGUAGCAAGCAAGCACGCAAGCAAGCAAGCGAACUUAAUAUAAAGGAUUUUUAAAAAAACCCUAUUAUGCGACAUUUCCAAAUGAAUUCUUCAUCGUGACAUCACACCAGUCGGGGUAAAAUGUGUUUAAAAAAAUGCCACGAUCAAUCUGUACUUAAACCAAAUUGGUGUAAAUGUGCAUUUAGAGAUGGUGUUUUUGAAUCGAAGCCCACUACACGUUGAUUUGUUGAUUAAUCCACGAAAUGCUCUGGCAAAAUAAUGGCUGGCUAGACAAAAGUGAAAAUAUUGAGACUCAGCGAGGCUCUGUUGGACAAAUAAAGGUCGUUUUAUUUAUUAUUGUGGAUGGUUUUUAAUCGUAAGGCAGUUUGUGUCGUGCGCAGCAAGUGUAACAGUUCCAACUUAACUUGGUCACACAUCACCUUUGCUGAUCCAGUGUUGGGUGAAAGCCCUCUCCCAAACAAGUGUCUGUCAAGGGUGGUUUUUGACCAUACUUUACCACACUGAUCAUUGCGGGUUUGGUCAUAGAGGGCUCAGGGCCCGCUUGUGAUGUCACUUGCUACUGAUUUUGGCCGCGUAGGGGUAUAAAUACAGUGGUCGCGGAGUUCAUAUGGCAGUGCAAUAAAAUCCAAUGCCACUAUUCUCCCCUCCCCCUUGAAACACAUUUUCUGGAAAACCAGAUUGUGGGUUAUGAAGUUGUUUUUCAGGACACCGCUCAAUUUUACCUCCCCGGGGUAU